GUUAAAUAAGAAGCUUCAGAAGAACAGAGUGCUCGUGUCAACCACCAGCACCUAGAUUUUCUCCACAUAAAGGAGGAACAGGAGAAACUCUGGUCUAGUAUGGAGGAAGAGCAUCUCCAUUUGAAUAAGGAGACUGAUGCUGCCAGGUUUCAAUCCUUUAGCCAAAAAACACAUUUAAAAAAACACACGAGAGUCCAGACAAAGCAGAAACAUUUUGUCUGUGAGCACUGUGGACAAAGGUUUCACCAAAAGACUAAUUUAACCACACACAUGAGCGUCCACACAGGAGAGAAGCCUUUUGCUUGUGAAAUCUGUGGAACGAGAUUUAGCCGAAAGACACAUUUAAACACACACAUGAGCGUCCACACAGGAGAUAAGCCCUUUCCUUGUGAGCUCUGUGGAACGAGAUUUAGCCGAAAGACACAUUUAAACACACACAUGAGCGUCCACACAGGAGAUAAGCCCUUUCCUUGUGAGCUCUGUGGAACGAGAUUUAGCCGAAAGACACAUUUAAACAGUCACAUGACAGUCCACACAGGAGAUAAGCCCUUUCCUUGUGAGCUCUGUGGAACGAGAUUUAGUCGAAAGACACAUUUAAACACACACAUGAGCGUCCACACAGGAGAUAAGCCCUUUCCUUGUGAGCUCUGUGGAACGAGCUUUAGCCAAAAGUCAACUUUAAACAGUCACAUGAGAGUCCACACAGGAGAUAAGCCCUUUCCUUGUGCGCUCUGUGGAACGAGAUUUAGCCGUCAGACAACUUUAAACAGUCACAUGAAAGUCCACACAGGAGAGAAGCCUUUCGCCUGUGAGCUCUGUGGUAAUAGAUUUAGUGAAAAGGGAAAUUUAAACACACACAUGAGAGUCCACACUGGAGAGAAGCCUUUUGCCUGUGAGCUCUGUGGUAAUAGAUUUAGUGAAAAGGGAAGUUUAAACACACACAUGAGAGUCCACACUGGAGAGAAGCCCUUUCCUUGUGAGCUUUGUGGAAAGAAAUUUAGCUUAAAGAUAAAUUUAAACAUUCACAUGAAAGUCCACACUGGAGAGAAGCCUUUCGCCUGUGAGCUCUGUAGAACGAGAUUUAGCCGAAAGUCACAUUUAAACAGUCACAUGAGAGUCCACACAGGAGAGAAGCCUUUUGCUUGUGAGCUCUGUGGAACGAGAUUUAGCCUAAAGACACAUUUAAACAGUCACAUGAGAGUCCACACAGGAGAGAAGCCUUUUGCUUGUGAGCUCUGUGGAACGAGAUUUAGCGGAAAGACACAGUUAAACAUUCACAUGAGAGUCCACACUGGAGAGAAGCCCUUUCCUUGUGAGCUUUGUGGAAAGAAAUUUAGCUUAAAGUCAACUUUAAACAAACACAUGAGAGUCCACACUGGACAGAAGCCUUUUGCUUGUGAGCUUUGUGGAAAGAAAUUUAGCUUAAAGUCAACUUUAAACAGACACAUGAGAGUCCACACAGGACAGAAAUCUUUUGUCUGUGAGGUCUGUGGUAAUAGAUUUAGUGAAAAGGGAAGUUUAAACAAACACAUUAAAGUCCACACAUGAGAGAAGCCCUUUCCUUGUGAGCUUUGUGGAAAGAAAUUUAGCUUAAAGUCAACUUUAAACAGUCACAUGAGAGUCCACACAGGACAGAAAUCUUUUGCUUGUGAGCUCUGUGGACAACGAUUUAGCCAAAAGACAAAUUUAAACAACCACAUGAGAGGCCACACAGGAGAGAAACCAUUUGCUUGUGAGCUCUGUGUAAAAAGAUUUAGCCAAAAGACAAAUUUAAACAGACACAUGAGAGUCCACACUGGCUUUUCGCCUGUGAGUUCGGUUGAAAAGUUUUACCCAAAAGAUCAGUUUAAACGGUCACAAAAGAGUCCAUAAAGGACAGAAUACUUUUGCUUGUGAGCUCUGUGGACGAAGAUUUAGCUGAAAGAAAGCUUUAAACAAUCAUCUAAGCAUCCACUAGGGCUGAGCGAUCUAUUGUAGGGGUCUCCAACAUAUUUUGGCCCGUGAGCUACUUUUACACAAUGAAGUACAGCAGAGUUACUGCCAUACUACCAUCCCUUCAAGUCUUUAAGUCUCAUUUAUAGACUCAUUUUUAUUUGAUUGCGUUUUAGCGCUAGGGUUCUUUGAAUUGCCCUGACAUUAUGGUUUUAAUUCUUCUUCUUUUUAACCCAGAUGCUUGAUUUUAUUUUGUCCACCAUUUGUUUUUGAUCGAUUAGUCUUAUUCCGUUAUCUCGCUUUAUUUGUAAUAUUGUUUGCUUGAUAUUUUAUGAUUUUAUGUUUUUAUCUUGCUUUUAUGCCCAUGCACUGGGAAUGUUUUUCUUAUGAUGAUGCUGUUCAGCACCUUGGGCUUCCGAUAACGUUGUGGAAGGUGCUCUACAAAUAAAAUUUGAUUUGAUUUGAUAUGAUUUAUUUACAUUGAUACUUUCCACUUGUGAAUGUGCUUAUGUUAAACAUGCUAUACUUACUAUAUUAACAUGCAUUGUACUCACAAGUUGAUUUCUCUGUAUUUCAGUACAUCAGUAUAUAUUAAAAGUAUAAGUAAACUAGUGACAUUCUGAAAACCAAAUUAAACAAAACAUAUUAAGUUUUUUAAACUAAUCAGAUACUUUCAGAUACUGAAUAACAAAUCUACUUCAUGUGAAUGAUUUGGUAAUUUUUUUAGAAGGUUAGUAGCAUAACUUUUUAAGCGCACAGGAACAGCUAACCUGUAAAGCUGAUGAUAUUUUAUAUGAAAUACAAGCUAAAUGUGAUGAAAACACAAAAGUCUUAAAUAGUUUGAAUUGAAGUAAAAAAUGUAAAAUCAGAAAUAAGACUUGUUCCUGCUCUCCUGAUGUACUGAAUAAUUUUUAUGGUUUUUAUUUAUUUAUUUAUUUUUUUUUGGUCAUGAAAGUUAAGUUUUGCUGCGUUUAUUGCUGACAAUAUGAAGGUUGGAGGUUUAUCCUUUUUUCUGCAUCCUUUAGGUUUUUUUUCUCUGCACGUCUCUAAAUGAAGUAAAAUUUUCUAGUGCAGAGUGGAGACAACCCAUAGAACCACUGAUUUGAUCUCAUUUCAGAGAAAAAUAGAACAGGUUAGAUGCACCUAAUAAAUAAAAUUAUAACAAACUCAGGAAUCUGUUUCUUUGCUUCACUGUUCUGGUGCUGAAAACAUCCCUAAUGCGGAUCAAAGGAGAUACACAGAUGAAUGCACCUCUUAUUUAUUAUUUGGAGACUACAUUUACUGCAGCUGGCAGAGGCAGAGAUUUUUUCUAUUGAUACACGGAAUUUACAGAAUCAUUUUAAAUUUUAAUAGGGGAAGACUGCAGGAGGGAGCGGUAAAAUACAGGGGGUCCCCAGCAAAAACAAACUUUACAAGUCUGAUGAAACCCGCUGGUUUUCCAUCAGGCAGUCACGGGGCAGCUCCAAAGACCCAGUGGCUGUGCUGGGUCAAUGUUAUCGAGCUUAGUCCGGCUCGGCCGUGAACGAGCUGAGGCGACGUGCUCUGCUUGAAGAGGUGUUAUUUUCCUGCUUCAGAAGAAGCAUUCAACGUGUUUUUACGCUUUCUCCAAGACAUGUCACGUCGCUAAGUUGUUAGCGCCGCGCGCUAACACGUCAAUCGUGCAGCGUAGCCUGCUGGAGGUUUUAAGGGUUCAGAUGAAAACACCCGACCUCUCAGGCUGCUCACACAUCGAUCUUAAGUUGUCGCUGUUGCGCUCACGCCGUAAUACAGUAUUCGAUGCGGUUAAAGUCAAACAUGAAAAAAUGAAAUAAAUUUUACAUGAAUAAGUGAUGCUUAUCCUGGUGGGGAGAGGAAACCCUGUCAAGAUCGUCAACGCUCGUUUAUCUUAAUGCUAUUGAAACAUGUAAACCAAAAAGCAUUAUAUCCACUGCUACCUUUAUGCUGUAACUUCACCCUGCCCUGCCUGCUC